UUAUUAUCAUUAUACGCAAGGACAGAUAACUCUAGACUGUCUCUAAGCUGCAGCAUGGCGAGAUUAUGUGUAGAAGCUGUACACAAACUUCUAAAUAUUCCGGCACUGCGACUGAUUCGACCUAUCAGCCAGUCUGCAUACAGACUGCAGACUGAGAAGGAAGAUGCAGAUCCCGAAGAUGAUCGACCAAUGGAGCGACAGCAACCUAAACGUCAAAUGGUUGAUCCAGAUACCAGCAUCCGGUAUUUAGCCAGUUCUUCCUACAGGGAAGCGUAUGGGGACGACCCUGUGUGGAGACACUACAGACGGAACUUUAAGGGUUCACUGCCGCCCAGAACACGGAAGACAUGUGUGAGGAAGGGGGAGAUAGCAACAGGCAGUCCGUGUCCAGUUUGUCGAGAUGAGUUCCUGGUGUUGGACAUGACGAAUGUUGGUUUGCUGGAGCAGUUCAUCUCUCCGUACACGGGGGAGGUGUACGACUACAUGAAGACGGGACUGUGCCAGACGCAGCACAAGAAGCUGGUGCUGGAGGUGCUCAAGGCCAGGAACCACGGUCUCAUCCAGUCAGCAGUUCCCUUCAGGAGAUACGAUUACAGCGAAUAUAUGGAGGACCGAGGGAAGAAAGAGGAUGUAUGACUGGCCAGUGUCGCGUGUGUUUGUGAAUAAAGUGGACAGAGCUGG